CUACUCCAGAUGUAGGGAUAGUAACAUUUGACUCUACGAUCACACUAGAGGUUUCACAAUCAACUACAGGCAAUUUUCCAUCAACUACAUCAGACACUUUCUUGACAACUACGUUUAGAUCUCUCACAACUACACCAGAUGCAGACACAACAACAGAGGGCUUAUACACAACGACAUUGGAUGCAGGCAUAUCAACCAGUGCCUCUGCCACGACCACAGUUGAUUUAGAGGGAACUACAUUUAGUCCCCUCACAACUACAUCAAAUUCAGAAACAACAGUAGAGGUCUUGGAAACAACACCAUCAGUUACAGGCAUGACAUCCAGUGACUCCUCCACAACAACGGAUCAUUUAGAAGUAACAAUCACACCAGAGGGUCCUCUUAUUUCAACAACUACUGCUGUGUUUUCUAGUACUACAACACAAACUACUGCAAGCACAAAAUCUCCUCUAGAGUGUGAAAAUGGAGGAACUCCAACCAACAACAACUGUCUCUGCCCCCCUGGUUUCACUGGAAGAAUAUGUAACACUGUUGCAGCUGAAAUCAAAGCUCCAGAUGUAAUUGAAAGGUCAGCCAUUGCUGAAGUAGAAGUGAAUAAACAGUACCUUCCUGAAUACGAUAACACAUCCUCAGCUGAAUACCAAGAUUUUGUAACAGUCUUCAGAAACCAGAUGACACCUUUCUACAAAACCAAUAUCAAGAAUUUUGUUGAUAUCACAAACAUAAUACUCAGUAAAGGAGAACCUAUCAGCCAGAGAAGACACAGAAGGUGGACUGAGAGGACAAGCUUAACUGUAACAAGUGUAAAUGUUAAACAUGACAUCGUCGUGGAGGUUCAAAAUGACAUUGUUGCCUAUGAUGAGGUCCUUGUGCAGGUGUACGAAACUCUUUCAGCACUUCAGAACUGUUCAAGCGACUGCCAUUUAAACUUCACUAUUACUAAUGCGGAGGUCACACGAACCGAACUGAAUGGAACAGAGUUGUGUGAAAACACUACAGCGGUGCUUCCUGAAGAGUACCGGCAGUAUUAUUCUAACGUCACAAUCUCGGGCAAGUUGACAUGUGUGACCCAAUGCCACCAAAAUCAUCCUAAUCCAAAAUUAUGUGAGAACAGAGGCACAUGUGAGGUUUCAAGGCACGGACCAGCCUGCUAUUGCCUUCACACAGAUGCAAAUUGGUAUCUGGGAGAAGACUGCAAAUUCCAAGUUAACAAAGUGGGCCUUUAUUCUGGAAUAGGGGUUGUUUCAGUGGUUUUAGUAAUAGCAGUAGCAGUGCUGUCAGCCUAUGUCUUCAUCAACAGAAGGAGAACAAGAAGGGAUAAGGACAAUAAAGAUGAUCUAGUGAAUCAAUGGCUAGAUGAUGACUUUGAGUGGCCCUCGCCGAGUAGAUCGAGCACAUCUCAUUCAGCUGCUAGCCUAGCAUAUGAUAAUGUAGCAUAUGCAGAUGAAAACUUCUACAGGCAGCAGAGUAACCGAACACAGAGAUCGCUCUCUUCCACACAACCUUCUUUUUCACCACAGCAACAAAUUCCAUCUGGGUAUCUUCACAACAACCACCCUGUGAGAAUCAGCAGACCUCAAAUCCGUGGAUCUCUUCAUGUUUAGAAUUCUCUGCAAGUUAAACCACAGGGCCAAAUUCAGUGAAAAUACCUCACUAUAACCACUGUACUAUAAAAA